CAGCCGAGAUUUUCCUCUGGUCGCCUACGCAUCCCAAGCCCGCAGUGGCCGAGCCCCUCCUUCGCCUCGCUGGGCUAGAGGGCCAUCGGUCCCUUCCUGAAGGUGGAGGACGUCGGCUACCACGCGAGCCCAUGACCCUAGAAGUGAUUCUGUCCAACGGCCGUGGGGAGAAAGCGAAGAGUUGCUCAGGCAUCCCACCGCGUACCUCCAGUUUCCCUUAACCCGGAAGUGAUUCUCCCUCUUCCUCUCCCUCCACGGUUGAGAGGGGAGGAGGAGGGCGGCUAGGUCUGGCCCGGCAUGCCCCGGGCUUCCGGUGACCUCUGGCCCUUGUCUGUCGUCCGCUCCCGCUGCUUAGCGUGCUCGCUCGCUCAUUGCCUUUCUUCCCUCUCUCCGGUCUCCUGUCGCACACUGCCAGGUGACUGUGGCGCCCACGACCAGCAGCGAGGCGGUGGCGGAGGACACUCGUCAUGGCCGCCUCUAAGCCUGUGGAGGCGGCGGUGGUCGCAGCGGCUGCACCAGGCUCCGGGAGUGGGGUGGGCGGCAGCGGGACCGCGGGCCCGGGCACUGGGGGCCUGCCGCGAUGGCAGCUGGCACUAGCUGUCGGGGCGCCCCUGCUGCUGGGUGCCGGGGCCAUGUACCUGUGGAGCAGACAGCGGCGGCGCCGGGAGGCCGGAGGCCGGGGCGACGCCAGCAGCUUGAAGCGAAACAGCGAACGGAAGACCCCGGAGGGCAGAGCCAGCCCGGCACUGAGCAGCGGACACCCGGAAGGUCCCGGUGCCCACCUAGAAAUGAAUUCUCUUGAUAGAGCUCAAGCAGCCAAGAACAAAGGCAAUAAAUAUUUUAAAGCAGGAAAAUAUGAACAAGCCAUUCAGUGCUACACGGAGGCCAUUAGUUUGUGUCCUACAGAGAAGAAUGUUGACCUUUCCACAUUUUAUCAAAACAGAGCUGCUGCCUUUGAGCAGUUGCAAAAAUGGAAAGAGGUGGCACAAGAUUGUACAAAGGCUGUUGAACUUAAUCCCAAAUAUGUGAAAGCUCUCUUUAGACGUGCAAAAGCCCACGAGAAGCUAGACAAUAAGAAGGAAUGUUUAGAAGAUGUUACUGCUGUGUGUAUAUUAGAAGGAUUCCAAAAUCAACAAAGCAUGCUGUUAGCAGAUAAAGUUCUUAAACUUCUUGGAAAAGAGAAGGCCAAAGAAAAAUACAAGAACCGUGAACCUCUGAUGCCAUCUCCACAGUUUAUCAAAUCUUAUUUCAGUUCUUUCACGGACGAUAUUAUUUCUCAGCCCUUGCUCAAAGGAGAGAAGUCUGAUGAAGAUAAAGACAAGGAAGGGGAGGCUUUAGAAGUGAAAGAAAAUUCUGGAUAUUUAAAGGCCAAACAGUAUAUGGAAGAAGAAAAUUAUGAUAAAAUCAUAAGUGAAUGCUCUAAAGAAAUAGAUGCCGAAGGCAAAUAUGCGGCAGAAGCAUUAUUACUGCGGGCCACUUUCUACCUACUCAUUGGCAAUGCCAAUGCGGCCAAACCAGAUUUAGAUAAAGUCAUCAGUUUGAAAGAAGCUAAUGUGAAGCUUCGAGCCAAUGCCCUAAUCAAAAGAGGCAGCAUGUACAUGCAGCAACAGCAGCCUCUGCUGUCUACCCAGGACUUUAAUGUGGCUGCUGACAUCGAUCCUCAGAAUGCAGAUGUUUACCACCACCGAGGACAGCUGAAAAUACUACUUGAUCAAGUUGAAGAAGCAGUGGCAGAUUUCGAUGAAUGUAUUAGGUUAAGACCCGAGUCUGCUCUGGCACAGGCUCAGAAGUGUUUUGCACUGUAUCGCCAGGCCUAUACGGGAAACAAUUCUUCACAAAUUCAAGCAGCUAUGAAAGGUUUUGAAGAGGUCAUAAAGAAAUUUUCAAGGUGUGCUGAAGGCUAUGCAUUAUACGCCCAGGCACUAACAGAUCAACAGCAGUUUGGUAAAGCUGAUGAAAUGUAUGACAAAUGUAUUGAGUUGGAACCAGAUAAUGCCACAACAUAUGUUCAUAAAGGUUUACUUCAGCUUCAGUGGAAACAAGAUCUGGAUAAGGGAUUGGAGCUUAUCAGCAAGGCUAUUGAAAUUGACAAUAAAUGUGAUUUUGCAUAUGAAACCAUGGGAACCAUUGAAGUACAAAGAGGAAACAUGGAGAAAGCCAUUGACAUGUUCAACAAAGCUAUUAACCUGGCCAAAUCAGAAAUGGAAAUGGCACAUCUCUAUUCCCUCUGUGAUGCUGCCCAUGCCCAGACAGAAGUUGCAAAGAAAUAUGGAUUAAAACCACCAACAUUAUAAAGCAAGGGGAAAGAAGACUGACCCUCUUUUUAAAAAAAGUUUACCCUGUCUUCAACUGAACCCUAAAGACACUCGUGAACUUUGUUGAAUGGUGGAACUUAACAUUUCUGUUUGUGGUGUUGUCAUACGUUACAUCUGUUUCAUGUUUAGAUGUUGUGGGCGUGGCUGUUGAAGAAAGUUUGCGGUGUUGCAGUUUUUAUUUCCUGUGCAACAGAAGCUUAGACCUGUUAAAGGGAUACUAAAAUAAAUUGCAAAGAGUACAAGUGAUAAGUGGCCAUGCAAAUAAAAACUUUGAUUUGUUGAUUUGUUUUUUUUUUUUUUAAAUGGGGGCUGGAGGGUUGAUUAUGUUCUGAAUGAUUUUUAUAUGUGUGUAAUAUAUGAGUAUUUUACAGUAUGUUGGUUCUUAAAUUAACAUUAUAAGUGCUGUAAAAUAGAUUUCUUUCAUAUUCAGUUACUCCUUUUUAGUUUAUGUUCUGAAGGAAACAGAGCUUAAAUGGGUAUUACAGUAAAACUGAGAGACGCUUUAAACCAUUGUCAGCAUGCACUAUGCCUCUGAUUCUGUAGAACUUCAACAGCUGGUUUUCAUAUAGUAAAUUAUGCAAAAGCAAAACAUUCUGAUACGUGUAUCAGCAGACCUGAGUGAUCAGCAGGGCAGUGGACCGGACAAGCAGGUAAGAUGAAAUGCAAGUGCAUUCAUAAUUGCCUGUGGCUAUUUUCUAUAAUAAGUACCAUUAUUUAAUAGAGCACUUUUAAAAGAAAGUGCAGGUUGCUAGCAUGUGUGACCCAAAUAAAGAUGGAGUAAGUGUGAUAUAUAGGAGUAUUCAGUUAGCUUCAAUUUCUAGUGAAGAAAUGGUAGCUUAAAGAUUCAAAGGGUAUGAAAGUCUUAAGCCCAAGCACAGUGUUUCCUGAAAUGACAAAAGUUCAGUGCUUCAGGUGUGGCUAGCUACCUGAGCUUGAAGAAUUUUGAAGCUGAGGACAUGUAGAGUGCUUUUUAGUGUUUAGCUAACCUUGAUCUCUAAGGGCUAACUGCCUAUAUGUAGGUCUUCACUAGGGAUACUGACAGCUGAUUUUUGUUGCUUUUUGUUCAUUUGUUUCCUUACUCCACCACCUUACUAGAAAUCACUUUAAGGUUUCUUUCCAGCUGUUACUUUUAUAUCUGGUCCUUACGUCUACAGAAUAUGCUGGGCUUUUCUGGGUGGGCAGGGGUUGUGUUCUUAAUGGGAUCUGAGAAGUUGAAGUCUGAAUAUAAGAGAGCAAGGCUUCAGUUAUACUUUUCUGGAAAUGAAAAUCUAAUUAUAGUUUACAUUAAUGGGAGUAAAGGAGCAUUUUACCCUCCUUACAAGGGUGCUUUAUCCUGUUGAAACCAAAAAGAUUUUGUGUACAAAUGCUAUCUUUUUAGAAACUAUUAGCAAUGACUUUUCCAAAGUCAGUCUUUGGAAAAUACUGAGGAAGCCCCUAACUCAUCAGUCAACGUAAUUUAAAAUGAUUUUGAUAAUGGAAAGUUUGAGAGUUGUGCAUUUUGUCCUUAAAUUAUGCACCUAUUAUGAUAACUCUUGAAUACAGAAAUGUUCUACAUCUCUGAAUGACCUCUGGCUUUUAAAAAGUUUUUAUUUGCAUGGCUGUAUUUAAAUUAACACAUUUUCUUCUACUCUUCUCCCAUCUUUCUCCUUGGGGUUGGGUAGAAAAACACAAGAGAAACUGAAGCAUGUGCCAUUCAGUACUAUCAUUCCAAAUUCUCACAGACCAUUGCCUGUUGUGAAAAUAUAUGAAACUGCACUGAAAGCUGCAUCUGUCUGUACCUUCUCUUUUGUAAAUGACCUCACCUGUAAAUUCACCAAAUAAAUAUUACAUUCAA